UCGCCAUACACAAAGAUGCCAUUGUCUGGUUUCUAUGGCGUCCGAUUCUCAAACAAUGCCGAACCGAAGCGAGUCAAAGAUCAGCAACGGUCCCGCAAAAUGGCAGACAUCAUGGGAACUUUCGUGAAAAUCAUCUCAGUUCUUGUGGCUUUCAGCUUGUUCCUAGGGUCAUCAGCUGAAAAUCUAGCUUUGAAAAGGCCUAUAGAAGCAAAUUUCACAUGUGGCAGCCCGCCAGAAAUUUAUUACAAGACAUGGCAAGAUCAAUACAGACCUAACAAGAGAAGGCAAUUCACCUGCAAUGCCAGUGACGCUAUUGAUUCCCAUCCUCCAAGCAGGAUGGUUGAUGCAAACUUUGACACAUACUGGCAAUCAAAGGCAGGCAUGGAGAUCACUAACAUUACUAUUGAUCUAAGAUCUGAAACCCAAAAGUUUAUAUUUGUGAGGACUAUCAAUAUCACAUUUGAAGCCUACCAAAGACCAGGACAAAUAUUAUACUUAAAGUCAAGUGAUGGAGGAGUGACAUUCACACCAUGGCACCGCUAUGUGUCUUUCCCAUUUGAGUGUCAAUCAGUAUUUGGUGUGACUUUUGCUGAGCGACCGUUUCUUGUCAAAUCUGUACUGUGCAAAAAUUAUUUGGAGCUCCUGCCAAGCAAAGGAAACCAGUCGGUUUUUGUUGAUCUUUAUGGUGGACGGUCUUCAACAAAUAGCCCACAAUUACAGGAAUGGCUUAAUGCAACUCACAUCCGAAUGCGUUUUUCUGGACUCUUUAAAAAAUUUGACAUCUUUUCUAAAAACUGGCAUCAUUACGCUGUUCGAGAGAUCAAAGUCACUGGCUCCUGUUUCUGCAAUGGCCAUGCUUCGGGAUGCACCAUUAACUCAACAACUGGUGCAAGGUCCUGCCAAUGCCGCAAUAAUGCUUGUGGCCCAUUAUGUGACAGGUGCUGUCCAGCCUUUAACCAGUAUCCAUGGAAACAGGGAACAGGGGCGCCUUUUGAACAUUUUUUGAAGAAAGUUGCUGAAAAAGAGUCUUUGAAUAGCAAACUGGAAGACCCAAAGAUCAGUAACUUUCCCAAUUAA